AUGUCCCCACGACACCGUUUCAUCGGUCGCGCCGACAGUGUCCAGCAAGUACAUAAUACCAGCGUGCAGUAUGUCAGCGAAAAGGGUGGCAAUGAUGCACCACCCACAUACCAGGACGCCUCUGGUGCACCGGUCGAAAAGGCCUCGCCGUUGGGGUACUCUGUUGGUCCUGUCACCAUCACCCUCCUGAAUAUCACCAUGAUGAUUGGGGCUGGUAUCUAUGUUACACCGCAAUCAAUCUUGGCUGGCACUGGCUCUGUCGGAGUGAGUUUUGUAUAUUGGACGCUUGGAUACCUGCUGUGCCUCGCGUCCGGCGCCGUGUAUCUAGAAUUUACGGCCUACUUCCCCAGUCGCUCUGGGUCCGAAGUCGCGUACCUAGAACAGGCCUAUCCCCGUCCAGCAUGGUUCUUCCCGACAACCUUUGCGGUGCAGAGCGUGAUCCUCUCAUUUGGGAGCGCCAAUGCUACUGUAAUGGCGAACUAUCUCUGGGCUAUCUCGGGACGUGUGGCGACCGACUGGCAAAUCAAGGGGACUGCUUUGGGCUGUUAUACCCUUUCCACGUUGAGCCUGAUCUUCAACACAAAAUACUCGUACUGGUUCUCCAACGCAAUAGGCAUCGUCAAGGUCUGCACUUUGCUCUUCAUCAUUGUCACUGGCUGGGUUAUUCUGGGUGAUAAUACGAGGGUUGAGAACCCCAAGGCUCACUUCCAGGACGCGUGGUCUGGGAGUUCGACUGCUACGGCGUAUGGUUUUACCAUUGCGCUCUACCGGAUCAUCUUCUCCUAUGGUGGGUAUAAUAAUGCGUUUAAUGUUGUGAAUGAGGUCAAAAACCCCGUCAAGUCACUGCGUUUGUACGCCACCAUCGCCCUGACUACAGUGUAUAUCCUGUACAUGUUCGCAAAUGUCGCCUUCUUUGCCGCCGUCCCUCCCGAAGAACUCAAAUCCUCCAGCCUCACCGUCGCCAGCCUCUUCUUCAGCAAAGUCUUCGGCAACGCGUCCGGAAUCCGCGGACUAAACUUUCUCAUCGCCCUCUCCUCCUUCGGCAACAUCCUGGCCGUGCAGGUCGGCCUCUCCCGCCGCAUUCGCGAAUGCGGCCGCCAGGGCGUCCUCCCCUUCACGCGCUUCUGGGUCUCCACCCGGCCCUUUGGGACUCCACUCGGUCCCUACGCCGUAAUCUGGUUCAUGACCGCCCUGCUGAUCCUAGCGGUUCCCGCGGGUGAUGCGUUUACGUUCGUCAACGACCUUGCCAUCUAUCCCCGAGCGUUAUUUGAUCUUGCCAUGGCGGUGGGGAUUUAUGUUGUACGGUGGAGGCGGCGCCGUGCGGCUGUGCCGUUGCCUGAGCCGGAGUUCAAGGCAUGGCAUGUGGCGAUCUUGUUUAAUAUCCUUGUCCAGGCGUAUUUGCUCAUCAUGCCGUGGUAUCCGCCGCCUGGUGGGCGGUAUGCGGGGGACGUGAGCUUUUGGUAUGCGACGUAUGCGGUCACGGGGAUUGCAAUCCUCGUCGCAUGCGCAAUCUACUACGCCAUCUGGGCAUACGGCCUACCCAAGUGGAAGGGAUACCAGCUUCGACAAGAGCUCAUUGCGCUCGACGACAACGGGACACAGACGAACCGACUGAAGAAGGUUCCGAAUGCCGAGGUCGCCGCGUGGGACGCUGUGCAUGACGCUGCCGGGCGCCGGAUUGAUUCUGAGCGCCAGGACUCCGAGUCACAGCCGUCGUUUGUUGACCAGAUUCCGGUUGAGACGAAAGUGGCUGCUGUGUAG